CUCAAGACCAUAGAAGAGGUUCCCUCUUCGAAUGAGAGAAACAUGGCACCAUGGGGAGCUCCAGCUUGCUCCUCUUCUGGGGGUAUUGUCGUCUGUUCUUCUGGGUCGUUUUCCCAUUGGAAUCAAUGGCAGUUGAUGUGAAUGAGUGUCUGGAUACCACCACGUGCCCAGCCUAUGCAACCUGCACCAACACUUUGGAUAGUUACUACUGCACUUGCAAACGAGGUUUCCUGUCCAGCAACGGACUGACGCAGUUCAGGGGCCCAGGAGUGACGUGCAAAGAUAUAGAUGAAUGUUUUCAAAGCUCCUCAAAAUGUGGUCCCCACUCAGUCUGCAGAAACCUUCUGGGGAGGUACAAGUGCAGCUGUUUCCCCGGUUUCUCUUCUCCCACUGGAAAUGACUGGAUCCCAGGAAAUCCAGAUAAUUUCUCCUGCAGAGACAUCAAUGAGUGCCUCUCCAGUGGCAUCAGCCCGGAGCAUGCGGAGUGUGUCAACUCCUUGGGAAGCUAUGAUUGCAGCUGCCAGAGUGGAUUCCUCUCUCACAACUCCACCUGUGAAGAUGUGGACGAAUGCGCCAGGAACUCAACUCUUUGCGGCCUGGAUUCCAUCUGUAUCAACACCCUGGGAAAAUACAAUUGCUCCUGUCUGCCUGGUUUCUCUUCUCCCACUGGAAAUGACUGGAUCCCAGGAUAUCCAGGUCAUUUCUCCUGCGCAAACAUCAACGAGUGCCUCUCCAGUGGCAUCUGCCCAGAGCAUGCGGAGUGUGUCAACUCCUUGGGAAGCUACGAUUGCAGCUGCCAGAGUGGAUUCCUCUCUCACAACUCCACCUGUGAAGAUGUGGAUGAAUUUGCUGAUCCCGGAAUUUGCCCAGAGCAUGCAACUUGCCACAGUCCUGGAAGCUACUCUUGUGUCUACAACCUAGGGUUUGAAUCUAGCAGUGGCAACAGGAACAUCCAGGGCCCAGGAGAGACAUGUGAAGAUGUGGACGAAUGCGCCAGGAACUCAACUCUUUGCGGCCUGGAUUCCAUCUGUAUCAACACCCUGGGAAAAUACAAUUGCUCCUGUCUGCCUGGGUUCUUUUCACCUGCUGUUUGGACCCCUGAGAAUGUGGAGGAUUUCAGAUGUGUAGGUAAUGCUCCCAGGCAUGCCGGGAAAUCUUUCCGCCGAUAUCAGUCUGCAGAGACCUUCUGUGGAGGUACAAGUGCAGCUGCUUCCCCAGUUUCUCUUCUCCCACUGGAAAUGACUGGAUCCCAGGAUAUCCAGGUCAUUUCUCCUGCGCAAAUGUGGAUGAAUGUGCUGAUCCCGGAAUUUGCCCAGAGCAUGCGACUUGGCCACAACAGUCCUGGAAGCUACUCUUGUGUCUGCAACCUAGGGUUUGAAUCUAGCAGUGGCAACAGGAACAUCCAGGGCCCAGGAGAGACAUGUGAAGAUGUGGACGAAUGCGCCAGGAACUCAACUCUUUGCGGCCUGGAUUCCAUCUGUAUCAACACCCUGGGAAAAUACAAUUGCUCCUGUCUGCCUGGGUUCUUUUCACCUGCUGUUUGGACCCCUGAGAAUGUGGAGGAUUUCAGAUGUGUAGAUGCUGAUGAGUGCCUCCAUAUGUGCCCUUCCAACGCAACGUGCACCAACACGCCUGGGAGCUACUUUUGCACCUGCUCUCCUGGCUUUGCACCAAGUAAUGGAAAGCUGAGCUUCACAGAACAAGGAAUCCAUUGUAGAGAUAUUGAUGAAUGCUCCCAAGGUCCAUCACCAUGUGGCCCUAAUUCUGUCUGCACCAAUGCCUUGGGCUCCUACAGCUGUAGCUGCAUUGGAGGCUUUCAACCCAAUCCUGAAGGCUCCUUGAACUUCGGCUGCAGAAGGAUCCCCUUCAAGUGUAAAGAAGAUGUGAUACCCAACAAUGAACAAGUCCAGCUCUGCCAAGUGGGAGCAGCAGUGGAGCCUGAACAUGGUUCCUUCUGCACAUUAAUGAAUGCCACCUUCAGUGUUCUGGACGAUGCCUGUGAAAACAGGACAGCCGAGGUCUCUCUGAAGAAUACAGCUGAGAGCCUUUCCUCUGUGCUCAAGCAAACGUCCACAUGGUCCAACUUCACCAAAGAAGAGACCUCUGCUCUGGCCACUGUGGUCCUGGAGAGUGUGAAAAGCAGCACGCUGGCAGCUUUCCUGAACCCCUCGGCCAAUGUCGGUCAGACUGUUCAGGCUGAACACUUAGAAAUUGAAAGCAAAAUUAUCAAGGAAGGAUGCACUGAAGAGAACAUGACUUUUCACUUGAAAGCCAAAGGGGACGAGGUGGAGAUUGCACGUUCCAUCAUCGAAGAGACUGACUCCGCAGGGCCCACUGGGGUGGCUUUUGUCUCCUUUUUGGGCAUGGAGUCUUUUUUAGACGAGAGCUUCUUCCGAGACCCUCAGACCCCUUUGGCCAACUUCCAGAGCAAGUUGAAGAUGAAGAUGAAUUUUCGCAUUGUACAGGGACGCAUCAUGACUGGGGAGAAGAAAGAUGGCUUCUCUGACCCAGUCAUUUACAUGCUGGAGAACACUGAGCCGAAGCAGGAAUUUGAGAGCCCUAUCUGUGUUUCCUGGGACACCAACUUGGAGGGUGGUAGGUGGAUGUCCUCUGGCUGUGUGGUCCUUGAAGCUUCCAAGACACAUACUGUCUGCAGCUGUAAUCGAAUGAUGAACCUGGCCAUCAUCAUGGCUUCUGGGGAGCUCACGAUGGAGUUCUCCUUGUACCUCAUUAGCCAUGUGGGGAUAAUCAUCUCCCUGGCGUGUCUCGUCUUGGCCAUCGCCACCUUCCUACUGUGCCGUGCCAUUCGCAACCACAACACCUACCUCCACCUGCACCUCUGCAUCUGCCUCUUCUUGGCCAGGACUCUCUUCAUCACCGGUGUAGACAAGACUGACAACCAGAUGGGCUGUGCCAUCAUUGCAGGCUUCCUGCACUACCUUUUCCUGGCCUGCUUCUUCUGGAUGCUGGUGGAGGCUGUGAUGCUCUUCCUUAUGGUCAGGAACCUGAAAGUGGUGAAUUACUUCAGCUCUCGUAACAUCAAGAUAUGGUACCUCUGUGCCUUUGGCUAUGGGCUCCCAGUGGUGGUGGUGGCUGUCUCUGCCAGUGUGCAACCACAAGGUUAUGGGAUGCAUAAUCGCUGCUGGCUGAAUACAGACCGAGGGUUCAUCUGGAGUUUCCUGGGGCCAGUCUGUGCCAUCAUCAUGAUCAAUUCCAUCCUCCUGACUUGGACACUGUGUGUCCUGAGGCAGAAGCUUUCCAGUGUCAAUGCUGAAGUCUCAACACUCAAAGAUACCAGGUUACUGACACUCAAGGCCUUUGCCCAGCUCUUCAUCUUGGGGUGCUCCUGGGUGUUAGGCCUCUUCCAGAUUGGACCCAUGGCGGGUAUCAUGGCCUACCUCUUCACUAUCAUCAACAGCCUGCAGGGGGCCUUCAUCUUCAUCAUUCACUGUCUGCUCAACCGCCAGGUACGGGAAGAAUACAGGAGAUUGAUUACCAAGAAGAUCAAACCCCGCUCUGAGACCCAGAGCUCAGGGAUAUUACUGUCUUCCGUCCCCUCCACUUCUAAAACGGGAUAAAGUUCUUUCUUACUUUCAAAUAUGCCAUGAAGCAACAUUUGAGGAAAGCAGGUGCCUACAGGAGCCUACUCUGAAAGGCACAGCUUAAGGCACAGAAGCAGGAUCUUCCAGCCCCAGAAUGCUCUGGAAAACAAGAACUUUUUGUCCCAGAUGAUCAGUUCAUCUUCCGUGUUCUGCGCUUUGAGUUUCUAGAAUUUUGUGGAAGUAACAGAUCCCACUGCAAUGGCAAUACCAAGCUUACCUGGUUGCCAUUUUGGUUUCUCCUGAGUUUGUUGGUGCAUGGCCACAAGCGUGCCUUUCUAGCACCUGUCGUGAGCCUGACACAGAGGAGCCCUCAAUAAGUGAUUUGUCGUAUGACUGACUGACUUACUCUUUGACAAAGUCUCCUCUUGCUUUUAAAGAAAUGGUCAGUAAAAUAGUAAUGAUGGCCCUAGGGGAUGGAUAAAAAUAAAAAAUGGACUUUUUUUGUGCAAA